AUGAUAGAAAGCAUUGCAGAGCCUAUAAACGAAUAUACCACAUCGUUUCUCUACAAACUCUCAAGGGUGGUUCGUGUCGUACCUUUUGCUGUUGAGCAAUGGAUGGACGAGUAUGAGACAACACCUGGGGUCCUCAACGUUGCUGAGACGUGUGCUGCAUCCAUAUCUAUUGACGAUUUGGUCAGCAUGUGCAAAGACCCACGAGAACCAGGUCCCAUUGACACAAGCCUCAAGCUCACAUACGGCCCUAUCCCCGGUUCGCAUAUACUGAGAGAGCGAAUCGCCGCACAGUGUAGCGCUGAGGAAACACAACUCGUCGCUGAGGAUAUCGUUGUCACUCAAGGCGCAAUUGGCGCCAAUUUCUUGGCCCUAUACAGCCUCCUGGGACCAAGUGAUCAUGUUGUCUGUGUCUACCCGACAUAUCAGCAGCUUUAUGAUGUACCUCGCAGCAUUGGAGCUGAGGUUACACUGUGGAAGUUGAGAGAAGAAGAGAAUUUUGUACCCAAUGUUGAUGAGCUGGAAAAACUUAUCCAGGAAAACACCAAGAUGAUUAUCAUCAACAACCAUAACAAUCCCACCGGUGCACCCAUCCACAACAAUAUUCUGAAGCAGAUUGCCCAAAUUGCAAAGGAAAAGGGAAUAAUCCUCUUCUCAGAUGAGGUCUAUCGUCCACUUUUCCAUGGCGGAGCCUCGGGUCAGAUCGAAGUCCCACAGCCAGCUGUUACGUUGGGUUAUGAGAAGACGAUUACCACCGGGUCCAUGUCCAAAGGCUAUGCCUUGGCAGGUAUUCGGGUCGGUUGGAUUGCCAGCAAGGACAAGUCCAUCAUUUCAGCUAUCAUGGCGGCGCGAGACUACACCACCAUCAGCGUUUCGCAGAUAGACGAUCAAGUCGCGCGAUACGCUUUAUCACUAGCAGCCCGCCCUUCUCUGGUUGACCGCAAUCUGACUUUGGCAAGGACCAAUUCGAGACUACUGAAGGAGUUUAUCGAACGAUACGACUCCGUUUGCUCUUGGAUCGAGCCCACAGCUGGUACGACUGCAUUCGUUCGAUUCAGUAAGAAUGGCCAGCCCAUCAAUGACGUCGACUUCUGCUUGGACCUGUUGAAGAAGAACAAUGUCCUGUUGGUGGCUGGGUCGAGAUGUUUUGGUGGCGAUAAAGAUUUCAAGGGCUACGUAAGGAUGGGUUAUGUCUGUGAGACAGACGUUUUGGUGGAGGGAUUGAAGCGGCUGGGCGCUUAUAUUGAAACCCACAUCUUGUAG